UUGUUGCGAGUAGGCGGAGCCAAAUUGUCAAUCAGGCGCGGACGUCCGACACAGAGCCAAAAUGGCCGCCCAGACCGCAACCACCAAAUUCUCUGAUAAUUAUGACCUAAAAGAGGAGCUGGGCAAGGGUGCCUUCUCAAUCGUGCGACGAUGUGUGCAGAAAGCAACGAGUGCGGAAUUCGCGGCCAAAAUCAUCAACACGAAGAAGCUAUCAGCCCGAGAUCACCAGAAGCUUGAGAGAGAAGCCCGAAUCUGCCGUCUUCUGAAGCAUGCCAACAUCGUGAGACUACACGACAGCAUACCGGAAGAAGGGUUUCACUAUCUCGUCUUUGACUUGGUUACCGGUGGGGAACUGUUUGAAGACAUAGUUGCUAGAGAGUACUAUAGCGAAGCUGAUGCCAGCCACUGUAUUCAGCAGAUUCUAGAAGCUGUUCUACAUUGCCAUCAGAACGACAUCGUGCACAGGGAUUUAAAGCCUGAGAACCUGUUACUUGCCAGUAAGCAGAAGGGAGCUGCAGUGAAGCUUGCAGAUUUCGGUCUUGCCAUCGAAGUGAACGGUGAUCAGCAGGCAUGGUAUGGUUUUGCAGGCACCCCUGGCUAUCUGUCCCCAGAAGUCCUGCGGAAGGACCCCUAUGGCAAGCCAGUCGACAUGUGGGCAUGCGGUGUAAUUCUGUACAUCUUGCUGGUGGGGUACCCUCCGUUUUGGGACGAGGAUCAGCACAAGCUGUACUCCCAGAUCAAGGCUGGAGCAUACGACUACCCCUCCCCUGAGUGGGACACCGUCACCCCCGAGGCUAAGAACCUGAUCAACAGCAUGUUGAACCUGAACCCAGCCAAGCGCAUCACCGCCGAGCAAGCCCUCAGGCACCCCUGGAUAUGUCAACGAGAGCGCGUGGCGUCCCAGAUCCACCGCCAGGAGACCGUGGACUGCCUGAAGAAGUUCAACGCUCGCAGGAAGCUGAAGGGAGCCAUACUGACCACCAUGCUGGCCACUCGCAACUUUUCAAACAUUCCUGCACAGAAUGCCCAUGCAGGAUUGAAGGUGAAACACUGUAAUACAGUGCCUGCACGACAUAAAGUACCACCGGGCAAAAAACAACAACAACACCAUCAGCAACAACAGCAACAGCAACAACAACAUCAGCAGGAUGUACAGAGAAAAGACGAGACACCUGCACCCGACCCUAAAAGCCCUACCAUAACGGCACUUUUAAAACCAAAGGGAGAAUCUAGUCUAUUUGCUGGACUUGUAACUGCUGCAAAGGCAAAAAAAACAGAACCCCCUUCUUCGGACUCCAGUAUAGUUGCGACGGCAUCAAAGGCGUCGCCAACUAAAAUCGAGGCCACUGCAUUUGACCUGGACAGAACAGAUAGCGUCAUUCCUGCAAACCAAAUUAGGCAAAACUCGGCAGGCCAGGCUGGGACUAUGGCGGAUGCAGGUAAAAGCCUGCUGUCCAAGAAGACAGACGCCAAGAGGAGGAGUGUACAGUCACUGGCAGAUGGAAAUUCAACAUCGUCAAUUUCUAGUGUAACGUUAAUGCAGGGGUCGGCCGAGGGCAGUAUCGUGGAGGACGACGAGGUCAAAGCUCGUAAGCAGGAGAUCAUACGGAUGACAGAGAACCUGAUAGAGUGCAUCACUAACGCUGACUACGAAGCUUACACUAAGAUCUGUGAGCCAGGGAUGACGGCAUUUGAACCGGAGGCUCUCGGCAAUCUGGUGUAUGGCAUGGACUUCCAUAGGUUCUACUUUGAACACGCGCUGACGAAGAACAGCAAAGCAACCAACACAACGAUUCUCAAUCCUCACGUGCACCUUCUAGGAGAGGAUGCAGCUUACAUAGCCUAUAUAAGGCUAACACAGUGUAUUGACAGGAAUGGAAUGCCAGUAACGCUGCAGUCAGAAGAGACGCGUGUCUGGCAGAAGCGGGACGGCAAAUGGCAGUGUGUGCAUUUCCACCGCUCAGGUUCUCCCAGCUGCCCCGCCAAGUAGCCCCUCACCGAACCCGUCUUAGUGUCAAGUAUAAAAACCAACUGGUCACCAUCUAAGUAAAACUUGUUCCUUCAUGCAGCGUCAUUUCAUCCGUAUCCAAUGGCAGGCGAGGAGUUCCAUCUCGUACUUGCACUGUGUGGGUAAAAAUGCAUCGCCUUGCAUUUCAGGUCGGCAGUCCCACGAUUCAGUUAUAAACGUUCUCCGAUUGGUUUGAUUGUGAGGAUUUCUCUUACUAGUUUCGUUGCCCGUCGUUCUUGUAUUGACGCGGGCCAGCUCUCUCUCUCUCUGAGCUGUUUUAGUUUGCCAGGAAGGAUGGCGGAAGUGACUCGAAAGAAAAAACAUGAUGAAAAAAAGGGACAAAAUAAUUGCCUGUCGGAAGGUUUGAGGAGGGAGUUUUGUUGCCACGGCAACUCGAGGCAGCCGGCCAGGGGCCAGAGGUUGAAGGUUAAAGGGCAAAGGACUCGCAGACAGAGUGAGUGCCAGUGGUUGGUAGGUAGAUAAACAGACGUUGCUGCAAUGGGAAACAGAGGCAAGACUGGUGGAGACACGCAGUCGUUUGCCUGAUUUUGAUCUCGUUUUUAAUGACGAAAUAACUUACGAUGAGGAACCAGAGAUAGGGUUAUGAUUUCGCGACGCUUUUAGCGUCCGUCCCCACGAUACGAGUUCUCGUGGCGGAGAAAGUUGCAUGGACUUCUUCAGUUGGAGUUUAAACAAGAUUUUAGGAACACUGCUUUUAAUAGGUGAAGAUUUUAUGAUGACUUCGGGCUGUUCUGGCCCAGCUUAAAGAGUUGAGGUGGAGGGUCGACGUACCCGAACCUCACUGCAUUUCUGGGUCAUUCAUUGUGAAAUAAGAUACAAUAAUCAGCACAAACUACUUGUAUUUGAUCUUAACCAAACCAACCUAACCAACUCUAGCUAGCCGUGCGUAGUGUGAAGUCAAGUCAUAGCAUUUUGACAUCAACUUUUUUCUAACGAUGCAAGCCACUAACUAAUUCCUGAACGAAUCAUUGGUUAUUGGAAAUACGACUCAAUUUUCGUGCUGGACCUUCUACGAAAUGGAGAAAGAGCGUUUGUUGGUGUACUUGGUGUCAAACUUUGCCAACUUGUCGUGUAUAUGUAGUGGAGUAGAAAGUGUGCUAAUUUUCUUGGUAGGUAGCAUGUGCCCUUGUAUGUAUUUUGCUGCAAUAUCAACUAUCUAAUAGAUAGGAAACAUUUCUGGUUAAUGAAGUGCAAAGGGGCAAAGUUCAGAGGUCAACUGUCAUGAGCUUUACCUGUGCAAUUUGGGAAAACUUGUUGAACUAAGUGAGGCCAACUUGAGAUAUGCUCUGACUAUAGGUAAUCUACAUCACAUUGUAUCAAACUAUAGGAAAUUAAGGAACAUUACCACACCAUAUUUGGGAGAAAAAAAAGAAAGACUAGCUACAAGUUUGAUUAUGCAUCAUGUAGAAUAUGGAAGUCUAAAGACAUUUCUCGAUUGUUUGUCUAUAUUAACGGAAGUUUGUAAACAAGCUACUAGAAAAGCAUUUCUGGCUUCAAGAGUGUAAAUAUUUUGGUGCAGUACUGACCUUCAAACACCUCAUUUUUUAAAAUUUAUUUAUUAAUUUUGUAUAAUUAAUUUUACACGGAUUGAUGAUCUACGUGUAGCUCACCUACAUCUCACAUUCAGGUACAUUUUAACUUUCACCCGAAUCACUUGAAGCGUAGGAAUUCUUUUCUAGUCAGCUGCCUCUGUGCUCUAGGUAUGUAGGUAUGUUAAUUUAUGAUAAUUAUUAUCACAUCGCAAUGCUGCUGAUGUUUCUGUAUACCAAUCCUGCGUACUCAUUCUUUCCACAUUUCACUCGUCUGAAAAAUUAGGAAAAAAAAAACUUUCCGAUGGUCAACUUCUUGGCUCGGAAUGAAUUGAACCUGGAGACGUCCUUAAAUGAUGUUCUUCAAGCUGGGAAGAUUUUGUAUAUAACAAAAGGAAAAGGUCUAACGUGAUGUACUGAGACGUUUAUUAAUUACAUGUAGUGACAACUUUAAAUAAGAAUCUGUCUAACAAAGAAAAACUCAUGUUUGGUUGUUGAGCGCUACUAGUAUUAAACUUUGGUGAUGCGACAAUAAGGAAAACUAUGAAGAAAUAUAUAGAUCUCGGAUGGGAAAUGCUUUCAAUGCAGGCGUCUUCGAACUAUGUUUCAAAGUUGGUCAGUUUUCCAAAUACACACGUCAUAAUCUCUCUUCCCAAUCUGAAUCCAAAUUUGGGCUUUGCGGAAAACAGAAAAUUAAAGCUGUACCGGUAUUUCACACGGUCUGUUAAAAGCGAUGACAAAAAUAAUGUGCCAGAACUGGAUUUUCAACCAUUGAAUAGUUGUCUUUUCUUUUAAAAGAGUACACGUACUGAUGUUUAAACUUAAUCUUAUUACUCAAUCUCUGUAGCUAGACGAUAAAAAUUCAGCUAUAUCAUGAAGGUCAUAGCAUUCACUAAGAAACAAGUACUGAACUGUGCUUGCCUGAUAUUUCAGAAGGGAACGAUGUUUGUAAAUUGAUAGGGAAGAGAUCGGUGACUUCUUGGCAGCUUCCGUCAUCUUUUGUUGCUGUUUGGUUUUAAAUGUCGUUUCUGUUGAUCUUGAAGAACUUAAAACUGCUCACGAAUAGAUGCUCUUUGGAGGUGGUUGCAGACAGUCAAAGCAAUACCUUCUGACUUACUUUGACUCUUAAAUGCCAACUUUCUUGGUUUGUUUUGAGAGAAAGUGGCCGAGAAACUUAGCACAUAUUUUCCCAUCCUGACAAGUCUAAACAAGUCAAGACUGGCUUUCAGUACUGUAUAACCGAACACUGAGUGUAACCAAAGUUUCAGUUGAAGCUACCAAAGCUGUAGACCCUUGCUGUAAAGAAUCUACCAAUGUGAAGCUGACCUAACAACAUUGUUAGUGUAUCGCUGAGUCAAUUUCAAAGGAAAUACUCCCUCGAGCAACAGGCCAUGUUUGCUCCGGAUGUUUCCAAGUUGUGAAUAAGAAACUGAAACUUCUCCUGUAUUACACAGCUAUUAAACAGAGGCAGGAUGAAUCAACCAAUCAUCAAAUGUUUUACAAAACAACAGACCAAUCACAGAUUAGCUUCUUCUGUCAUUAAGGCUGGACGUCUCCAGUACAUGGUUAGGCAGAAACUCUUUGUUUUGUUUCCCGGGCAGUAGUCUGUAUAAUACGCAGAGACGUAGCUAGCAACAUUUGUCCAGUAUAGUGAGUAGUAUGGUAGUCAGGUGUAGACUUUUACUGUUGCUGCGAAAAUUGGAACAUACUUAAUGUUAAUAGCACUUUUAGAUGUCUGACAUUCAAUACUUCAAUAAACUGGAGGUUUACCAGUCCA